AUGAAUGCACCUGGAAAUAAUCAAAUGAUUGCCCCAAAAAUUCAGAAGCAAUUGGUGAAUGCUUGUGCAGUUGAGACCACGAAUGCUAUUCUAGCUGAUCUUGGAGAUAGGUGGUUCACUUUACUACUUGAUGAGGCUCGUGACUGUUCAGUGAAAGAGCAAAUGGCAAUUGUUAUUAGAUAUGUGAACAAAUAUGGAGAGGAGGCAAUCGACUCUUUAUUUGCUAAGUAUGGUUUUUCAGUGGCGAGAUUGAGGGGUCAAGGAUAUGAUGGUGCUUCAAAUAUGUCUGGAGAAUUUAAUGGCUUAAAGUCACUGAUAAUGAAAGAAAAUCCGUAUGGAUUGUAUGUUCAUUGUUUUGCUCAUCAACUCCAGCUAGUGGUUGUAGUUGUUGCUCAAGCAAAUCAAUAUGUUUGUGAUUUCAUGUGGAUUGUUGGUUCGAUUGUGAACAUAUCUGCAUCAUCUUGCAAAAGGGUCGACAAACUUCGACAAUUUGAACAUGACAGAAAAGUUAAACUUCUUGAAAGAGGAGAGAUUAGUUCUGGUAGAGGACUAAACCAAGAAACUAGUCUAGCUAGACCUGGAGAUACACGAUGGGGGUCUCAUCAUUCAACUUUAUGUUGUAUUGAACAAAUGUGGUCAUCUGUUAUAGAGGUUCUUCAAAAUUUGAUUGAUGAUGGUGAUCGUUCUUCUAAGGGUUUAAGUAGAACUUUGGUUGAAAGAAUGGAGAGGAACUCGUUCUCUAGAUUUGAUGUACAGAAGUUAGUGCGUCUGACUCAUUUUUAUGAGGAUGAUUUUUCUUGGAAUGAGCGUAUGUUGGUUGAACAAGAUUUUGAAACAUAUAUUGAUGACGUCAGAUCAGAUGAACGGUUUGAAGGCAUUUCAGAUUUAGGAGCUCUUGCAAAGAAAAUGAUUGAAACAAUGAAGAACCGUGUGUUUCCUUUGGUUUAUUGGAUGAUUGAGCUAGCCUUACUUCUUCCAGUUGCUACUGCAACCGUUGAAAGAGUGUUUUCGGCAAUGAAUAUUGUCAAAACAGAUUUGUGA